AGUAGUAACGUUGUGCUCAUGGCACCAAACCGCUAUUGGUCUUCAGGCAUUAUAUUCUUUCUUUGACAUGGGCUCUUGCCAUUCCACGCAGUAGUCCAAAUAGCCGCCAGUCGCAUGUUCCCACUCGAACCGAAGCAGACCUCCUUUUCCCACGCAGCUUUUGCAUCUAACAAUUCUUGUCUCAUCUGCUUUUCUCCGUGGCAAGGAGCCUUCACUUCAUUUGUGGUCGGGGGCCUUUUUAAGAGUUCGAGAUGUCCAUCACUCGAAGCCUUCGUCCAGAUUCCCGUGGUCUCAAGCGGUUUCCCUCGACGAACUGUUCUAGAAUGCCGGCGUUGGGGAGAUAUACACGGCAAUUGCCACAAGCAAUUCCCCUUGAAUAACCCAGACUGGACGACCAAUGAUGAUAUUCCUGGUCCAACUAAUCCCAGUGAUUAUAUACACUGUGCAGAAGUCCCACACUUCGUUGGGUUCGUUGAGCUCCGUGCUGGAGCAAAGACCGUUUGUCGUAGUGACCAAUGCGAUGAAAGGAUGAGGCUUGAAAGAGUGCAAACAAAGAUUUCAGAAAUAAUGAUUUCCUCUGGGUUCACGGGAUCAUCCAUAAUUUUCCUUCUUCGAACCUGAGUCCGCUUCUGCUCUCUCGAAUUUCAAGCCCAGGUCGUGCUCACUUUGAGGGGUAUUAGCCAGAACUUGUGUCGCAUCAUGGGUCAAACAGUGAAGGCACAAGGUGGUUAAUAGCCUGCUGCAAGUUUCUAGGCAUUCACAUAGAGCCUUAUAAAAGAUCAAUUUCUCUUGGAAGGGGUACUGUCUUCCUCCUAGC